UUUUAAUUUGUGUAAUUGAUUAAUAAAAAAAAUUAUAGUUAUUAAAAUAAAAUAACUAUGAUUAUCAAUUUGUUGGUGUAAAAUCAUAUGGUACCAUAUCCAUUCCUGGCCGGAGUCUAUUUGUUUGAAGUUUGAAAUGUUAUUCGUCGUUUAAUACGCCGUAGCAGCCACAGUGACUACUGAGUGACUUUUUUUUCCUCCUUGUCUGUCAAUUUCUUCAACUCUUUCUUCUUCUUCUACACUUUUUCUUCCUUUCCAAAUUAGACCAAUUUUUUGUCUUCUUCAAACCUCAACUUCUAUACAUACAUACCACUAUCUUUAUUCCCACCUCAACUACACAUCAAUAAAUUUCCAUCUUCAUCUUUUUCCUUUCUACUCUUUUUUUUUCUUUUCAUUUCUGGGUUUUUUUCCUGAAUCCCAAAACUCUGACACUUUAUUUUGUUGGGUUUUCCCCUUGAGAAGAUUUUGCUUUCUGUGACACAUCCUAUUUGAAUCUCAAAAAUCUUCCUUUAUUCCUUUUUGUUAAUUUGAACAAUUUUUCAAAGUCUGCAGAUCCAACAAAAGGAAGAAUAUUAAUAGCUCAGCUGGUAGAGUAGAUGAACUUUCAUCUUGUCUGGUAAAGACGUUCUUAAAAAUUCCUAAGGAUUUGGUAAUCCAGAAUUGACAUUCAACUUUCUGGAUUAGCUCAGUUUUCUAAAAAUGGCAGAUGCUUCGCAAAUCAAUGGUAAACUAGACGAUCCAAGUAUGAUUGAGCUGACUGGGAAAAUACUAGUGGUGGCAGUCAUAGUUCUCUUUCUUGUAGUGAUGUUGGUUUUCUUUCUCCACCUUUACUCAAAAUGGUUCUGGAACCAACGCCGGCAAGCAGACAACAACCCCAACCCCACCACACGGCAGCGGCGCCUCCGCCUCCGCCGCUUCGACUUUUCUCCAGGUCAUGAAGAAGUUAAUGUUACAUCUGUUCUCAAAAGGGGACUUGACCCUUUUCUUCUUAAAACAAUUCCCGUAGUUUUAUUCAAUUCUGAAGAAUUCAAAGAUGGAUUGGAAUGUGCUGUUUGUCUAUGCGAUGUGUGUGAUGGUGAAAUGGCAAGAAUUUUGCCUAAAUGCAAUCAUGGUUUUCAUGUCGAUUGCAUUGAUAUGUGGUUUCAAUCUCAUUCUACUUGCCCACUUUGUCGAAACCCAGUCAUGUCACAAGAAUCAUCAACAGUAGAAGAAGAGGAUUUAGCGGCUAAUUCAAUAGAGGUACCAAAUUUCCCAACUAAUGUCUUGUUUUGGGGAAAUGAGACUCAAGUGAGCACAAUGGGUCCAAGUAAUUUGGAGGAUUCUUUACAAGGUACUAAUUCUUCUCAGUCACCUUGUCCACCACCACAACCAGCACUAGCACCAUCAUCGUCUUCGUUGUCGUUGGUUUCAUUGGUAAUUGAUAUUCCAAGGCAGAUUAAUGAAGUAGUAGAAGAAGAAGAUAAAUCUCCAAUGCCGACAAGAUUGAGGUCUUUGAAAAGGCUCUUGAGUCGGGAUAGGAGGGUUAAUCCUUCUAGUCCAAGAAUUGUAGAUGUAGAACAAGGAGACAGAUGAGGUUUUUGACACUUUCCAUUGUCAAACGGACGGGUUGAGUGGGAUAUGAAUUGGUCAAAAAUGAUUCCGGCCAAACUGCUAGUGAAUAUAUAUUGUACAAGUAUAAACAACAAUGUAGUGGGCUUUUUGAUUGAGAAUGAAACAAUCUGUCUUCUCUUCCAGUAGAGUAUUUUGUUGAAAAAUAUCAUGCAUUUUUUGUUGCAGAAAUAAUCAAACCAAUAUUGGUUACAUUAGUUAGGCAAA